AUGGUCAAAACAGUCUCGAUCGAGGUACCGGGGGAGUCCAACCCAUUGAGUCUACAGAAUGUUGUGAACUCUUUGGUUUUGGCUUCAAGCUCAAGUCAGCAGCAGGUCCAGACGGGAACCAAGCAGCUACAGAAUUGGGAGCGGAUCCCCGCAUACCAUGCCUUUCUCCAGGAUGUAUUUUUGGACCAUUCCGCCCCUAACGAAGUCCGAUAUCUCUCCAUCAUUCAACUAAAGAACGGAAUCGACAAGUACUGGCGCAGAACGGCGGCAAAUGCAAUCGAACCGGAAGAAAAGCAGAAGAUCAAGACGAGAGCUCUGGAUGCUGGCAUUGUUGAGCCAUCUCGCCCGCUCGCUCUUCAAAAUGCGUUGAUGAUCGCCAAGAUCAUGCGCUAUGAAUUUCCGCAAGACUGGCCCGAUGCGAUGACCGCUAUCAUCAACUCCCUUCGUCACGUAUUCCAAGCCGGUGCGAACCCACUCCAGCUUCCUCGGACUCUCCUUAUCCUCCUACAAGUCAUCAAAGAGCUAUCAACUGCCCGUAUCCAGAGAACCCGAACCCACCUCGCUUCCGUUACACCUGAGAUAUUUCAAGUCGUGGGGAAAAUCUACAUGGACAAGGUGAACCAAUGGGCAGGGAUUUUGGAGCACGGACGAUCGGAUGAGGGGGCGCUCUUAGAGAUCACCGAACAGAGUCUCAUUUCCCUGAAGGUCCUUCGUCGCCUAAUGAUCUCGGGAUUUGAGCACCCUGGUCGCGAUCAGGACGUGCAACACUUCUGGGAGUUGACGAACGAGCAUCUCUCCAAAUUCUUGGCGUUUGUUGACCAGCCGGGUCGACUGCCCGAAUCAGUUCAUACGAUGGUCGAGAAGCACGUUCUGCAACUAUCGAAACUGCACGUGGAGAUGGCAAAGAAUAAGCCUGCAUCCUUCGCUUUGUUUUCUAACUCAAUCGCCCUUGUCAAUGCCUACUGGGCGUUUGUUGUCAAGUUAAGCCCGAACUAUGUCAACCUUGGAUCUGAUGCUGAAGCUGACGGGCAAUCACUACCCGAAAAAACUGCCCUGCGGGCUCUCCUUUUGAUCCGGGCGUGUUCCAAGAUGGCCUUCAACCCAGCUCAGACCUUCAAAUAUCAGACCCCGGAAGAUAAGGCGGAGCGAAAAGAAUCUGUGGACAAAAUCAAGUCUCAGCUAUUCACCCAAGAGUUCGUGGUCAGCGUCAUGGAGCUCAUUGUUACUCACUUGUUCCGCCUAAGAAACGUCGAUUUUCAAGAAUGGGAAGAAGACCCGGAAUCCUGGGAGAAGCGGGAAGUUGAUGCCGAUGCUUGGGAGUAUUCCGUCCAUUCUUGCUCAGAGAAGCUCUUCCUUGACCUCGUCACUCAUUUCAAAGACUGGCUCAUUAGCCCUCUAUUGAAUGUGUUCCAAUCCUUCGCCACUACCGAAAAUAAGAACGUCAUGCUGAAGGAAUCGUUGUAUUCUGCCAUCGGUUUGGCAGCUGCCAGUCUAGAACAGCAUCUAGACAUCAAUGCGUUCCUCCAAAACACCAUGAUUCCCGAAGUCCAGAUUCAAGAGCAGGAAUAUCGACUUCUUAGAAGGCGGAUAGCUCUUGUCCUUGGCCAAUGGGUGCCCAUCAAGUUCGCCGAUAUGAAUAUGGAGUCUGUCUACCAGAUCUUCCAACACUUGCUCAACAAAGACGAUCCCUUGAAUGACCUGGUCGUCCGCAUCACUGCAGGACGUCAGCUAUGCAACAUCCUUGAUACAUUCGAUUUCAAGGUUGAGACAUUCUUGCCGUUUGCCCAGCCGAUCCUCGCGAGUCUCAUGUCGCUCAUGCAGGAGGUCGAAUUAUCUGAUACGAAGAUGGCAUUGCUGGAGUCGGUGCGGGUCAUCGUCGUCAAAAUGGAACAACAUGUUGUGGUGCUAUCCGAUAGUAUCCUCUCGCCCCUCCCACAGGAAUGGGAGAAGUCCGGCGAAGAACAUCUCUUGAAACAGGCGAUUCUUACUCUCCUUACAUCUCUCAUCCAUUCCAUGAACCAAGAAUCCGUGCGAUACCACCCAAUGAUUCUUCCUCUAAUACAAAGCUCCAUUGAUACAGGUUCCGAAACCUAUAUAUACCUAAUGGAUGAAGCAUUAGAGCUCUGGGCGGCUGUAAUGAUGCAAACAACGUCGCCGCCUUCUCCCGAGAUCCUCUCGCUCUUCCCUGCCCUCUUCCCGAUUCUGGGAGAUGGCACAGACAGCGUGGGUCAAGCUCUCGAAAUCGUGGAAUCCUACGUCCUGCUUUCACCGCAAACUCUCCUCAGCGACGAAAUCCGAUCGAAGCUUUUAUACUGUCUUCAUGGCCUUCUCGAGCCCAUGACGAAACAGCGAUCUGGCGUUAUACCUCGUCUUGUCGAAAGACUCAUUCGUGGCGUGGAGACAGUUGAUGGUGGAAGCGAGACCGCCUAUAAUGCAAUUGCCCAGUCUCUUCUCGAAACAAACAUGCUUCAAUCCCUUCUUAAAGGCCUAUACAGUGCCCACGAAGCUAGCCAGACCACCGGACCUAACAGGAAGAGGUCCGAUGUGGAUGGCAAGGUCGAAACGGAAUACUUUUCCUCUAUUGCUCGUCUUGCUCUCGCUAAUCCUACACUAUUUGCAUCCGCCGCAACGGCUGCGACCUACCAGGCUGAAGAGGAAUUAUUCACCUGGCUCCUUACAGAGUGGUUCUUCCACUACGACAACAUCGCAUCCGCCAGCCAGAAGAAGCUCCACGUCCUCGCCUUGACCCAACUCCUCGCCCUGAAGGGCCCCGCCUCUGCCCCGCCCCCUUUCAUCCUAAAGUUCUUACAAGACUAUCUCACCGUCUGGAACGCGCUUGUCGUUGAGCUAGCGGAAGGCGGAACCGACGAGAACGCCGAUUACUUAGUCUGCUGGAACGCGCCCGCAGGUUCCGAGACAGCCCAGGCUGAAAGCUCGGGCGUUGAGAAUGCCGAAGACCGUCGCCGCCGCGAAUGGAAUGACUCAGAUGCCACCCAUCGCUUCCCAAUCCGCGACUUCGUGCGUCAUCGCCUGCAGGAAGUUAUUGCUGCCUGUGGUGGUGCGCAGCGGUUCCAGGAAGAGUGGUUGGUCAAUGUUGAUUCGGAUGUGGUGUCGGCUUUUGGUGGGUUGGGUCUGAUUUAA